AUGCUGCUCAUACGUUUGUUUCUUCUCUUUUUUGUCAUGUUUUCUUUUUUUUGCAACUCACAAAACAAUUUUCUUAGAUGCAAGAGUUUAUUGAAAAAGCUUUACUAGUAGAAAAACAAAGUUGGUGCUCAUUCGUAGGCGCGAGCAUUGGCGUCACCUCCCCACUGGAGCCAGAGAAGGCCGUUGGCCGAGGCGACGAGGGCCGCGAAGACGGUGAGGACGGUGGAGGACGACAUCUUUCGAUGGAUUCUGGAAGGAAACAGGCCCUUUUAUGGGUCGGACCUAGACGGUUCUCAAGGAAAACUUAAAUUGAAGGAUGCGAACUGACCAGAAAGUCAUGGAAAUCUCUCAGGACUCGGUUCGGUUCCCAUUUCUCAAUUUAACUGUUCAUUGAGAACCGCCUAGAUCCUUCCUAUAAAAGGGGCGUUCUUCCCUCCAGAAUCCAUCGAAAGAUGUCGUCCUCCACCGUCCUCACCGUCUUCGCAGCCCUCGUCGCCUCGGCCAACGGCCUUCUCUGGCUCCAGUGGGGAGGUGACGCCAACGCUCGCGCCUACGAAUGA